CAUUACCCAUAGCCAAACAAAUUAGUGAGUAGGAAAUUGUGGAUGAAAAAUGAUUUUGAAUUUUUGAUGAAUCUUCCUCGUAAGCAGCCAAAUCCUAAAUUCGAUCUUAACAUCUACAAAUUUUAUGACUCCGAUCAGUAAAUUGACCACAUUCAUUAUUUGAACCACCCAAGUUGCUUGUGGUCUGCACAAUCGACGUAAUUAAAUAAGUGACUGAUCGAUCUGCUCCUCCAAGCAUAGAGCGCUAAGAAAAAAUGGCGACCGGCACAGCCAAUCCUGCACUGGAUCCGGAUCUCGACAAACCCGAUAACCCGUCUCACGAAUUCGCUCAGUUCGGAGCAGGCUGCUUCUGGGGAGUGGAGCUGGCUUUUCAACGAGUGGUUGGGGUGGUGAAGACGGAGGUCGGCUACUCUCAGGGUCAUGUGGAUAAUCCCAAUUACAAACUGGUUUGUACCGGCACCACUAACCACGUGGAGGUGGUGCGCGUCCAAUUCGACCCGGAACUUUGCCCAUAUACCAAUCUCCUCUCUCUUUUCUGGUCUCGCCACGAUCCUACAACCCUAAAUCGCCAGGGCGGUGAUGUGGGUGCGCAAUACAGAUCAGGAAUAUACUAUUACAAUGAAACCCAAGCAAAGUUAGCCCAAGAAUCAAAGGAAGCUAAGCAGCUGGAACUUAAAGAUAAGAAGAUUGUGACUGAAAUUCUUCCAGCAAAAAGGUUUUACAGAGCAGAAGAGUAUCAUCAGCAAUAUCUUGAAAAAGGAGGAGGUGAGGGAUUGAAGCAAUCUGCUGAGAAAGGUUGCACUGACCCUAUCAGAUGUUAUGGCUAAUUGGCUAGCUAGACCAGUUCUAGCUUAAUGCUUGCUUGUUAUGCAAACCGGCAGUCGCUUUAUGCAAUGUAAUUCCAGUAAUAAUAUGAAUAAACUGCCUUUCUUAAUUAUUUGCAAAA